AUGCCCUUGGGAGUUUGGAAUGGUCCAUCUCACCCACCAUAUGCCGAUUGUCACAGAGCUAUUAAGGAUAAUAAUGGUGAACCGUUAUCCUCGGAAGAACUGAUACCAUUCAACAAUUCGGAUUCAGUUCUGCCCAGUCGCGGCGACGAAGCAUACAUUAGGGCCUACCGAGUGCUAAUGUCGCAAAUCUCUUUGCAGGAGUUUCAGCCAGGUUCCAAAGAGAUAGACGAAAUGGCCACAAAGACCAUAUUGUUCAAAGGAGCAGGUGCAUUUGUAAGACCACGCCCAGGGGAGUCACCCAAUAAAUCUCUAGAAGGAUUAUUGAAGCUACGGAUUGGAUGUUUCGACCCGAAAAUUAGAGUUAGCUUUAGUGACGAAGCAGAGCGUCAGCGAAAGGUUAUACAGGCCCUCUUGAGUCUCACUAUGUACUUUCACUCGCAGUCACGGAACGACUGCGCUUCCGAAUCGCACGAAUUUCUAUUCGUAGUUGGGGGUUGCCAGGCCGACAGCGAAAGUGAGCCCGUUUUCAAGGCAAAGGUCAAGGCAAAGGUCAAGGCAAAGGAAGUCAAUAUCAAGAAGGUACUAUCAAAGGAAGUUUUCAUUUUCGUUGACUAUCUGGGUGUCUGGUUUAGAGGAUCUGAUGGAAGAUUGAGUGGAGCUUCCCCGGGUAUAAUGAAUUUCACGGGCAGCAAGACAGUUUUCGAGCUGUCUCACGCCGAUAGCGCGUAUAGUCAUACCGCAUAUGUCCCCCACGCUCACCCACUCCCCUCUAUACAGACCGAAAGAAAAGAGUUUGCUAUUUACUGA